AUGGCAUACGGAAGGAAACCAAUCGACAUCGAGGAUUCAUUCGACUAUUCAUCGGAUGAACGAAGCUCGUCCCCUUUGGCUACUCGUCUAUCAGAGGCACGGCAAGGAGUUCGGGAUAUGAUAGCAAAAUGGAAUGCUCAAGAAUGUGCCAGAAAUUCGAAGCUCGGCAAAACACCAUCUUCUUUGACAAGGCUUCAUUCGGAGGAUAAAGUUAAGAAAUAUAAGGAAGAAAGAACGGCACCUCCUCCGGAUCAAUACACAUGUGAGACUUCCACGUCUUCUACCGAACCUCGCCAAACUGUCCGACAAUCAAUCAGUUCAACGCCUCAACAGUUCCAAAAGAAUACAGAGUCUGAAUUUGACGCUUUUUUCAAAAAGCUCCGAAGCCACCAUAAGUUCUUAAAAAUUGUCAGUGAGGGGAAACUAAAUGUGUACAAGAACGCGCGGUAUUUCAUCAAAGAAGGACCGGUGAAAAAGCAAAGCCGAAAUAAGAAGCAAACCCGACAUCUUGUGCUCUUCACCGACUUACUAUGCGUGUGUAGACUCAAACGAUCAUGGAAGAGCAAGAAUUUCAAUGUCAAGAAAAGCUAUUUUCUGGACAUUAGUGAAAUCCAAAUCAGUCCCGAUACUCCUGAAGGUGGUGAAGUUCUGGAGAUCUUGAGUGCAGUAAAAUCGUUCAGCUUUUAUUUUGAGAAGAAGGAGGAAAAGACUACAUGGGAAAACGCUAUCCGCCAUUCCCAGGAACAGGCCAGCAAAAGAAUCGGACGCAAGAAUCUUGAGCAGCACAUGGACUUGAAGUUGUUGAAGCCGAUUCAAGUGCCAAAAGCAGAUGUAACCGAGUGCAUGAUUGAGGGGUGCGGAUCGUCAUUCACGAUGUUGUCUAAGAGAAGAAGCUGUAAGAAUUGUGGCAUUGCCAUCUGCAGCCGUUGCGUCGGACGCGCACCACUCGCCAACACGAAAUACAAUCAAGGAAAUGUGUGUCCUGAUUGUAAUGAUAAAAUUCUGGAGGACUGCGAUGCUGGGACACUUUUUCCGGACAGCAUCACCGAUGUCACCAAAGGGAAGCUUCGCGUUAAAAUUGGAAAAAAGUUGAGGAACCCAUCUUCACUCUUCAAGAAGCCACAAAAUUUUGGACUGAAAAAGAAGAAUUAUGAAGAGAGGAAAACGGACAAGAUUGCCGCCGAUUAUGUUUACAUCAGGGAUGCCAAAGGAGCAGAAAAACUGCGUUUUGUCUAUAUCAGAAAAUCGGACUACACUCUGAGAGUUUUCAAAUCAAAGUAUGAUAGUACAAUUGUUGGCGAAGCAGAAUCUUUGUCGCCACUUCAAAUAAUGAUUUCUCCGCAAGCCGUCAAUGAAUUCCAAAGACGUCAUGCCGGCACCCGACUCGACGUUCUUUACGUCAGUAUCAAGAACAAUUCAGCGGAGCUCCGAAUCUUCAAGGAGAUGACCAAACGUAUGAACAUGACGGCCACCAUUGAUCUCGCCAACGUUUUGAAGAUUUCGCUGAAAUCGAGUGGGGCUGGUAGAGGGAAAAAAGCAACUUUUGAGUACAAAACGAAACGCGGCUUUGGUAUUGUUGCACGUCGAUGUUAUCAAUGGAUCAACGAUUGGGAUAUUCGAACUGAACUCGUAGAUGGGGUUGGCUACACGUUCGAAACUUCUGAUAGUCAGUUAACCAAACUGGCAUUCGAGAAACAUAUAGGAAAUAUCAUCGAUUCGUUCUCUGUGAAAAAGGUAGAAAUCAAGGCCAAGGAAGGAAUGUAUGGACCAUUGAAAGCACUCGGCAGUGCGCUUCGGAAUUCUGGAUCGAUCAUCAAACGGUUCGAUUGUGAAGGAAACCACAUCACCUUCGAAAUGAUGGAAAGCAUUAUAAAAAAUGCGUCUUCACAAACUGCGCUCAACAAUAUCUUUGUGCCAAAGUUAACACCAACUGAAAUAAGGGCUCUUGUUCACUACUGGGCAAUGGGAAGUCGUAUCGAUGCCUUUACUUGUAAAAUUUCCUCCGAAUCAACCAUCAGAGGAAUUGUGGGAGCCCAGGUUGAAUCCACAAUCGCCCGGAACAUCGUCAUCAUCGUCAGCGCUGACCAAACUCGUGCCCGCGUUUCCCUUGUCAAUGGAGCCGUCACCCUUGAGAAACUCUAA